AUGGCAAACAUUCCAAUCGAAGAUGACGUGCGGGAGCUGCUGAUCUUAGAGCGCCAACGUACGACGGCACUUGAGCUUGAGGUUAAGUCACUGCGAGCUUCUCUCGUGGCCUUAGGCGAGUCGACUGAGUUUGAGGAGGAGCGCAUGACUAACCGCCUUAUAAAGCGGCUGCACGAAGUCAAAAGCGAGAAAGAGAAGUUGGCACUUGAGGUGGAGCGCGAAGAAGAGCUUUUGACAAAUAAUUUGCAGAAGAAGCUGAAUCAGCUGCGCAAGGAAAAGAUUGAUCUAGAAAACAAGUUAGAGAACGAGCAAGAAUACAUUGUCAAUCGCCUCUCGAAGCAACUAGAUACCGCACGCGCGGAGAAGGAACGACUUUUACAAGAACUGCAGAAUGAGGACAAUGGCGUCCGAAAGGCGCUUGAGUCUCAGGUGGCCAAGAUUCUACACGAAAAGGUGCACUUGGAAAACGAGCUGGAGCAAGAGCAAGAAUAUCUAGUCAAUCGUUUGCAGAAGCAGCUUUCGGGUUUGAACAGCGAGCGACGUCGUAUGGAACGCAAACUGGCCAAGGAGAACGUAGCGUUAAUUGAUCAGAUGCAGCUUAAAGUUGAUGUCCUCAAGCUCGAAUGUGGCGAUAAUGCUAAUGCUUUCGCCGAUGGCGUUAACAAGAUUUUGGCCAAAGCUAAGGAGCAACAAGCUAAAAAGGCAGCAGAGGUUGUCAAGACCACAAAGGACGACAUCAAUAUUCAGAGCUGGGCUGCCUCCUCCGGCUACAAGCAAUUUACGCCUGAAGGACUCGUAUACCAGCACAUUCGCCGCGGCACUAUGUGA